CUCGGUUAUAGCUUUAUGUGGUUGGGAGAUUGAUGCGAUCGUUUCCCCAGUAUACCCAAGAGAAUCUCGAGGAGAAUUCUCAUCCACCAUCCCCUUCCCAAGUUGUGGACGCGAUUCUGCGUAUGGCAGCAGGCGAAUCUGUUCCAGCUCGGGGUGGAGAUAUCCUUGGGUAUGGCGGCCAUAAAGUUCAACAUCGCUCCCAUGAGCGAGGUUUGAACCAAGAUGGUGGGAGCUUGUCGCACCCUGUUUGGGAGCAUUACCAGCACUCCCAGCGUCAGGGUCACUCUACCGAUUGGGGUGGGGAAAAAGCCCAGCGGAAAGGAAAGGGUCGUGGAAAAGGGAAGUACUCGCAUAGUGGUAAUCGACGCUCGUCUGAUGGGUCACUCUCUGGGAACCAGACCGGUGGGAACGCCAACCGUCGUGGCCGGAAGGGGAGUGGUCGCGGGGGAGGGAACGGCCAUCAAAGAACGUACACACCUAAUGUUGAGGCGGGCAUGCUCAAUUUGGAGAAUGUCCCUGUAACGGACGAGGAAUGGGGAGAAGGAGCACUGAUGCUUACUCAAGACAGCCCACCUUCAACGAGUCCAGGAGUCGAGAAAUCCAACCUUCCCAGGCUUCCGGAACACACACUUGCGCCUCAGCUCGCCCCCGCGAUCUCUUCAUCAGCCGGUGCACCUUCGCCAUCAUCGAGUGGAUUAAGCCGGAGCGUCCCUCCCAUCGACCCAUCCCAGGAACUUGAUGUUGACCCUGAAGUAUUGCGCGCGACCAUUGAAGCGUUGACCGUAGAAAAUACAGUUGCACGCCGAUCGGGAGGAGCUACGACAUCGCGCGAAACCUCUGGUCAGGAGGACUCUCUCAACCCGAAUGGGGUACUCGAGGAUACACCUAAUGGGCCACGAUUGCGUGUGGACAAAGAGGCAGCGAUGCGUAUAAUUUGUCACUAUGCGGGCUUGAGAAGGCCUCCGAAGCCGACUGCGCCCCCCUCCUUCCCAUCCGCUCCUUAACGAUGGAUCUGUAGACAUCGCUAAGUUUUCUAUAGAUAGCUUUUUAUAGGAUAAGAGAUGAGAUUGAGCAUCAUGGCUAAAGUCUUCUAAUACUGUUGCUCUAGGAACGCCCUACAUUCUCAACUCGAGCCUUUUCUCUCUGAAUC